AUGAUUCGAAAUCCCAAACUUGAAGAAUUUGAGAUAGAAACAAAGCCAAGAAAACCAGGAAAACAAAAGUUUUCAGACUUCAUGUACAAUGAAGAUACUAGGGAAAUUUUCGGACGAACGCCUGAAAGAUGGGGAAAACUUUUCUUGUUCUAUUUAAUCUUUCUUUCGGCACUAGUUGCAUUAUUCUCAGUAUGUAUGGCAACAUUCUUGCAACAAUUUAUUAAUCCUAGAGUGCCACGAUUACAACAAGAAGGUAGUUUAAUCGGAAGUAGCCCUGGGCUGGGGUUCCGUCCAUUGCCAGAUGAUGUAAGAAGUACACUUAUUUGGUACAAAGGUACUGGUUAUGAAAGUUACAAAUACUGGGAAGAUGAGCUUAUUGAAUUUCUAUCAGUGUAUAAAAAGAAGGGUCAAACGGUAGGCGCUGGUCAGAAUAUAUUCAACUGUAACUUUAGAAACUCCCCACCACCAGGCAAAGUGUGUGAUGUUGAUAUUACCAGGGGUUUUGAACCAUGUACAGAAGAAAAUCACUUUUCUUUUCAUAAGUCAUCUCCAUGUAUCUUCUUAAAACUGAACAGAAUAUAUGGGUGGAGACCUGAGUUCUACAAUGACACAAACAAUUUGCCUGUAGAGAUGCCUAAUGAACUCAAAGAUAACAUAAGGAAUAUCACUUUCAAUAAUAGGGACCAUGCAAAUAUGAUUUGGGUGUCUUGUGAAGGAGAGACACCGACCGAUAAGGAAAACAUAGGACCCAUCACUUACCUUCCAUAUCCAGGCUUUCCAGGAUAUUUCUAUCCAUACAACAAUGCUGAGGGUUAUCUUAGUCCAUUGGUUGCAGUACAUUUGCAGAAUCCCAAAGCUGGUAUAGUGAUCAACAUUGAGUGCCGCGCUUGGGCACAGAAUAUCAAAUAUGACAGGAGAGAAAAGUUGGGUGUGGUACAUUUUGAGCUUAUGAUUGAAUAG